AUGCCACCCAAGAAAGAUGAAAAAGGUAAGGGUCAACAAAAGCCUCGUCGCACUAGAUUCAUUGUAGAGGAGGUUCCUAACUCAUAUAUGUUCGUUCCUAUGCCACGCUCUACUCCACGCUCUACUAUACCGCCUAUGCAUCCUACACCGUCUAUGCAUCCUACACCGCCUAUGCAUCCUACACCGCCUAUGCAUCCUACACCGCCCAUGUCUGGAUCUUUCACUGGAUUACUAUCCAUGCCCCCUGGAUCAGGUUUUUUUUGUCCUCCUGGAUACUCUUACCCCACAUAUUUUCCUACGGAGACAGGUGGAUCUAGCAUGCCAUUACCCAUGCAUAUGGGGACAGGUGGAUCUGGUAGCAUGCCAUUACCCAUGCAUAUGGAGACAGUAUCGAUCAUAACAAAUAUUGUAAAAGAGAAGUACACACAAUUCUGGCCGUCUUAUGGAGCUGUACAUGAAGAUGAAAAGGAAAAAUGGUUUCAGGCAUUUCAGGAGCAUUGUGUUUGGGAUGUUAGAGAUGAGGCCGCGAUUAAAGAAAACUUUCACACAAAAUGUGCUGCUCGAUUUUCUGAUACCAUGAGGAAUGUUAGACUUAAAUGGGAAGCAAAAGGGACACGUCCACGUUGGAUAGGAGAAGAUAUAUUCCCAAAGCUUAUUGAUCAUUGGAAUUCUGAUAAGUUUAAGGAAAUAUCUGAGCAGGCAAAGAAAAAUAGAGCAUCUGAAGUUGGUGGCUGCAACUACGCAGCGGGAAGUAUUAGUGUGGCUGAAGUUGCGCGAAGGAUGCGUGAAGAAUUAGGCAGAACUCCACUUCUUAAUGAGCUCCACAUGGAGACUCAUCUCAAGAGAAAUGGAGAGUUUAUUGACGAGCGCGCAAAAAUCACUCAAGAGAAUUUUGAUAAAGAACUUGCCAUAAAGUUGUCAGAGCAUCCUGAAAUACCCCAACCACCACCAGGGUAUCCUGUUGACCCCAAUAUUGGUUUUCAGACUUGGUAUAAGGUUUCAGGUGGAAAGAAGAAAAAUGGGAGAGUGUAUUGUACUGGAGGGUAUUCCAAAAAUAUCAAGCGGCGUAGUAGAGAUUUCAAAAUGAGAUAUGUUGAUGGAGAAGGAUCAUCCACUCCACCUAUAUUAACCGCCGAAAUGCUUGAAACUGUGAGAAACUUGGCAAAUACUGAGGCAGCACAACAAGUAGCAGCAAGAAAUUUGGAAAUUGAAGAGAUGAAGAGAAAACAAUUAGAGAUGCAGGAGGAAAUGCAAAGAAGAGAAAGAGAAUUCCGGGAAGAAAUGAGGAGAGAAUUUCAGGAAGAAAUGAGGAGGCAGGCACAGGAAUAUCAAGAAGCAAUGCGAAUUGCAAAUGAACGGUCACAAAGGUUUGAUCAAUUUUUUGCUUCACAAAAUAUGAGUGGUGGUGGAUUUGGAGGAACUAGUGGAUAUGGAGGAGCUGAUGAAGAAGAGGAGGAACAAGAUGGUGGGAAUAAUUAA